AUGUCUACCAUAAAUACAACAAAUUACGGCACUGUUAAUACCACCUCUUCUCCAAAGGUCAUGGGAAUAUCAAAUUUCACAAAAUGGGUGAAAGUGGCCAUAUUACGUAAACCACCAAACCCAAAUCAUAAUCUCUAUCGAUCAACAAAAGUUAGAAGUUCGAUUAAAAGAUCCGUUUCUACUAAUAAAGUAUUCUCCUCAACAAAUUCCCCUUUACCAAAAUCACGGAAUUCCAUUCGUCAAAAAUCUAACAAACUUAUCACGUUUCAUGAUAAAAAUGAGAAAAUUUUAAUUAACGAAAUGGAAUGUGCCGAUGACAAUUCUUGGGUUGACCAAGAAGAAUUGUUGGAUAAAGAUGAAAUGAUAAUACCCGGUUUAAAAUCCGCUCUUUCAGAUAUGUACGAAGUGCCCGCAGGCAUAUCAAAUAAAUCACCUCGCCAACAAACUUUUCCUAACAAUGAUUCUAAUGAUGUCACAAUAUCCAGAGUUGAUUACCUGGAGAAUACGAACAUCGUUAAAGGUUCGGCUGAGCAUUACGUCUACCUUCGCUCCAUAAGAAAAUUACGUGUUGGAAAACGUCCAAUAUUAUCGGCGAUAUUGGCUGGAGUUCAUAAAUCCCCUAUUUCAAUGAAAUAUCGUCCUUCUUAUGCUUCUUCUAAAGUUGUGACGGUAUUUAAUGAUGAACUAAAUCAAUUGGUGGUAAAAGAAUUACCCAUGGCGAGAAGAAGAAAGAGAUUAAAUAGUUUAUCAAAUACUCUUGUACGUUCAACUUCCUCCUCCUCGUCAUCGACAAAUUCUUCUCAGUCUUCUUUAACCACGUUAACCGAUCAAGAUGAACAACAAAAAUACUCCUCGUGUUUAACGGAUCUCGUCGAGUUGAAUACGAAUUCUUCCAUCCCUUCGGAAAUCUUUUUCGGUUUGUCACAAAUUUGCAAGCGUAUCAAAAAGAUUUACGUAUACUUCGAUAACAUAGAUGAUGAGAAUUAUGGAUUCAUCAAGUUAAUUCACGUUCAACAAAAUUUAAAGCGUUUCAUUUGCUCGAAAUCUUUUGAUAAUAAUAACGACCCUUCCGAAGAAUUAGGCCUCGCGUUAACAUCUUCUGCCCAAACUUUGAUCAAUUUAGAAUCCCGAUUUAAACGAGAAAUCUUCCUUCCGCCAAAAAUUUUCCCUUUGUUCAGAAACCUGAAGAUACUACAAUUGCUUAAUGAUUUCCUUAAUGAUGGUUAUGAGGAACAACUUCAGGUUUCUUCCUACCCGAACCUUGAAAUCCUAUACAUAAAAAAUAUUUCACCAUACACCAUCUCAAAGAUUAUUCAGAGUACCACGGGAAAAUUACGUAAAAUCUUGAUUCAAUAUAGCAUCGGUGAUUAUUCGAGUGGUCUGAUUCAAUCCAUAAUUGAAAAUUUUGAAGAGCUUAUUGAUUAG